AUGGUUGCCUGGAUUUGCAGCUUCUCCUGCGGCGCCCGAAAUUUCUUCUCCACAUGGAAACCACUGCACAAAUCCAUGGCAAGCGUAGAAGCUCUUGGUGAAGAGGCGUCUGAUCAUCGUUUGCGUGCAAGAAGCUAUAUCAAAAGGCCACGGGAGGAGUAUCAUGAUCAUCUUGUGAGUGAUUAUUUCUCGGAUAAUCCUCUCUAUCCGCCCAAUAUUUUUCGUCGAAGAUUUCGUAUGCAAAUGCCAUUAUUCCUAAUACACAUUGUCGACGAAUUGGGCAAGUGGUCGGGAUACUUCACUACAAGGGUGGAUGCACUUGGUCAGCAAGGACUGACACCACUACAAAAGUGCACGGCGGCUAUUCGCCAAUUAGCUAAUGGUAGUGCGGCGGAUCAUCUAGAUGAGUCUCUAAAGAUUGGCGAGACUACUUCCAUGGAGGCGAUGAAGUACUUUGUUGAGGGUGUUAUAGCUGUAUUUGGUGAACGAUAUUUGAGACGCCCCACUAAGGAAGAUGCUGAGCGUCUACUCAAGAUUGGAGAGAGACGAGGUUUUCCUGGUAUGUUUGGCAGUAUUGAUUGUAUGCAUUGGCAAUGGGAGAGAUGUCCAACUGCAUGGAAGGGCCAAUUCACUCGGGGUGAUCAGAAAGUCCCGACGAUAAUUCUUGAGGCCGUGGCAUCACAUGAUCUUUGGAUUUGGCAUGCAUUCUUCGGAGUUGCAGGUUCUAGCAAUGAUAUAAAUGUCCUGCAGCAGUCCCAUCUAUUUAUGGAAGAACUAAAGGGACAAGCUCCAAGAGUACAAUACAUGGUUAAUGGAAAUCAAUAUAACACGGGUUACUAUCUUGCGGAUGGGAUUUACCCGGAAUGGGCUGUUUUUGUGAAGUCAAUAUCCAUGCCUAUCUCCGACAAGGACAAGUUAUAUGCACAGGAACAAGAAGGAAAGAGAAAGGAUAUCAAACGCGCAUUUGGAGUAUUGCGUCGUCGAUGGAGCGUCUUGAAAAAGCCAGCUCGCCUAUACGAUCGUGGUCAACUUGAGAAAGUGGUGCUAGCUUGUAUCGUCCUUCACAAUAUGAUUGUUGAAGAUGAAAAAAAAGUAGAGGACAUUGAAGAGAAUCUUGAUCUAAAUGAAGCCCCUAGUACAGUGACCGUGCAAGAACCCGAAUUCUCCCCCGAAGACUAUGUUCCAUUUGAAAGGGUGCUACAAAACGAACAAGUCUACCUCAACGAAGAACGCGCCGUGGUGGAGCUGGGGAAGUCCGAGGACCGCUCCGGCAAGCUGACCUCCGACGUGUGGUACCUUGACACUAGCGUGUCAAAUCACAUGACGGGCAACCGGGGGGUCUUCUCCGAGCUCGAUCAAUCCAUCACAGGCACGGUCAAGUUCGGCGACGGCUCGGUGGUGGACAUCGUCGGCCGUGGCACAAUCAUCUUCGCGGCGCAGGAUGGUUGA